GAGUACAUAACAGAUAGACUGCAGUUGGAGUUUGAUCAACAGGGUGGACACUAUUGCUGAAGUCAGUUCAAAAAAACAAUGGACCCCAGUACCAGUGCCCAGGACGUGAUGCGAUGUGACUUGUGUGAGACUUCUGUGGUUCAAGUGUACUGCAAGACUUGCCAUAUCAACCUGUGUAGGGCCUGUAUGGGAGAACAUGUUUUUGAUGAUCUCUCCAAACCUCAUAAAAUUGUUGACUUUAAGGACAGGAAAUCCACCCUCCUUUACCCUGGAUGUACAUCUCAUGCCAAAGAACAAUGUGAAAUGUACUGUAAACAAUGUGACAUUCCUGUCUGUCUUUGCUGCCUUGCAUCCAAACACCAUUUAGGUCAUGAAUUUUCUAAAGUCUUGCAAAUUGUGGAUGAAAAGAAGGACAAUAUUAUAAAGGAAAAAAAUGAACUAAAUGAUGCAAUCUACCCUACCUACCAGGACAUUGCCUCUGAUGUACAGAACAGAAUGAGUCAGUUAGAAAAGGAAUAUGGAGAUCUCUCAACAGCCAUAACAAAACAUGGAGAGGACUGGCACAGAGAAAUUGACAAACUUGUCCAGAAACUUAAAGCUGAAGUUGAUGAGAUGAAAAACACACAGUUACAAACUCUACAGAAACAUCUGGAUGAAAUAAACAAGACAAUGUCUGACAUCAAGGAAGAAAUCAAUUCAGUGGAAACUGCAAUAGACACCAAUGACUUGUCAGAACUAUUUAGUUUCAAGUCCAAUGUACCUAGAUUCAUAAAUCUUCCACACAAAAUAAUACCAUUGUUACCCAAAUUCAUUCCAGGAAAAAUUCAUCAAGAAGAAUUAAGUAAAUUGUUUGGAGCCUUAUCACCAAGUUCUUUAACAUCAGAUAAAAAUGGCUACAGCAUGAAGACAACACAGAAAUCACCAGAAGCUGGAUCCUCUGCUCCAGUCAAACAGAUGCUUGAUGAACCAGAGACUGUCACCACCAUAUACACUGGGUAUGGAGAACUUUACAAGGUGGCCUGUCUGAGUGAUGAAGAAAUCUGGACAAGUGGACUUAACAGCACCAUGAAACUCUACAGCAUCAAUCAGGGAUCACUACUCAAGUCAAUCACAACCAAGUCAGGGAACAGACCAUAUGACAUAGCAGUGACAAAAAGUGGAGAUCUAGUUUAUACUGAUUAUAGUAAUAGAACAGUGAACAUUGUGAAGAAUGAGAAGAUAGAGGAGGUGAUCAGACUACAGAACUGGGGACCUCACGGUGUCUGUAGUACCUCCUCUGGUGACCUCCUGGUUAUCAUGGACAGUGAUGAUUAUAAACAAACAAAAGUUGUCCGUUACUCUGGCUCCACAGAGAAACAAACCAUUCAGUUUGAUGAUAAAGGUGAACCUCUCUAUUUUUUUGAUAUAUAUAUAAAGUAUAUAACUGAGAAUAGGAACCUGGAUAUCUGUGUGUCUGACAUUGAAGCUAAAGCAGUAGUGGUGGUCAAUCAGGCCGGGAAACUGAGAUUCAGGUACACUGGACAUACUUCUGCUCCAAAGAACAAACCAUUUGAUCCACUAGGAAUCACCACAGACAGUCAGAGUCACAUCCUUACAGCUGAUAAUAGCAAUAACUGUGUCCACAUCAUAGACCAGGAUGGACAGUUCCUCCGUUACAUAGAAUGUGGACUUAGUGUACUCUGGGGACUGUGUACAGAUACAAAUGAUAAUCUGCUUGUUGCUCAGAUUGGAAACAAACAAGUGAAGAAAAUCAAAUAUCUGCAGUGAAAUCUAUGACCAUUGUUACAGUGAAACAUUACAAUGAUUUAUAU